AAAUCUUAUUCUUAUUCUUAAUUGGUAACUUAACAAAAACAUGAAUAAUUUGAGAGAUUCGUGGAAGUACAUCGGUGAAGGGAACGCCCAUAUCGUCAUCGAGAUAUUAAACACAAACUAUGUACUUCGUUUAAAAAAAGAACACGGUAAACGGUUCGAUUUGGAUAGAAUGCAAGAGUCGGUGGAUUUCGUUAAUAUGGUCAUGUCGCCUUUACUAUUUGGCGGCAACGAUAUUCUUAAUCAAAUUGUCCAAAUUCCGGCUGAACAACUCAAGGAAUUAACCGAGAAACUUUAUGACAUUCGUCCUGAACAUAGAAGAUAUAAAUCGACAUUGAACUGCUUCGCUAUAAAGUCUAUUAAUUUGACUAUGAUUGAUCCACAUAGUGUUACAAAUUAUUGUAUCGAAAUUAAACCUAAAGAAGGCUACAUUACGUCGAGUUUUAAAAAUAUUUCAAAAUGCUAUUACUGUCUAAAACAGUGUCUUAAACAUGAAGAAGGACAGAUUAAUAAUACCAGCAGAUACUGUCCUUUAGAUUUGUUUUCUGCAGACCAAACUAGGAUGAGGAAUGCACUCCUAAACUUGAUAGAUAAUCCACAGAAUAACUUCAAGUUAUUUCUAAACGGCAACAUAAUUUAUAAUGACAAAUCAGCAAGAACUGAUUUUGAUACAAUUUUAAGAAACAUGCUUGUGUUUGAUAGUUCUCUUGAGUUAUUUCUGAGUUUCAUUAUAGAAAUAUUACUCGGUAAUAAGAAUAUUGUGGCCAAUGAUGCCAAUAAAGCAGUGCAGGAGAACACAAAAAUGGAAUAUUGUGUUGAAAAUAGUAAAAUGGAACCUGGCGCGAUAUUAUACAAACUUUUGCAUCUUCAAAAGUUGUCAGAAGAUAAACAAACUUAUUCAAAUAUAGAUAGUGAUGAUUUUGAAUAUGUUAAGAGCAUUUUAGACCUUUUGAAAGUUAAUGCACUUGAUUUGAGUGUUGAAGAAGACAGAGAAAAAUUCUUCUCCAUGUGUGAGUCUGUACAUUUAGGUAUGAUAUCAGCGGUUGCCAAAGACUGCUCUAUAAUGUUAAGCUUUACACCAAAUUAUGAUAAUAAUUACCCAUACAUUGAAAUUGGGGGACAGAAAAUAUCAUAUCGAUUGUCUAUCACAGAUUUAGAACCAAAGUCAACGAAGACAUUACUUAAAAGAAAAGUCACAGAAAGAAAGUUACUUGAUUUAUAUAAGAAUAUGGAACCUAAAAGGGAUUCAUAAUAAAUUGACAGUAAUUCAACCACACACAGAAACUAGAAUAAAGCAGUUAGAGGCAUGGCAUCAGCUCAUUGUAGAAUAUUUAAAGUCCACAAAACAAUCCACC